UAAGACGACGUGUUCAACAGACAUGUUGACAAGUCAUAUUUACCUUAAUUCAAACCUUUCUGAUGCAAGAUUUCGGUAUAAACGAUAAAAAUUCUUAAAAAAAACCACACGACACUAUUUACUAUUUUACGAAUUUAGAACUGCAAGAAAGAUUUAUUUCCACUCCUGCAACUGACCUGUGCAAGCAAGAUAAUUUUAUCGACACAUGUUUCACUGUGUAAUGAAAUUAGAUGUAGAAAAUGUUUAGUUUGGUGAACAGUAUUAGAGCAUUUAAUAUAACCAGUUUGGUGUUGUUUUUGAUCUGCUGUUAUUAUAUGUGUGUAAGCAGUGAGCAUGCACCAGGAGCACUAACUGUUGUUAACACAGACACUGAUGAUGAUAAUGGUGAGGUAGCUGUAGAGAAUGAAGAUUCAGAGAUUACAAAUGUAGACCCAUUAAAUGUGUUUUAUCCAGAAAAAGACUGGAAGAAAAUACAGCCAGGUCAAGCAAUUCCUGCAGGUUUACACAUCAGAAUGAAUAUGCAGACUGGAGAGAAUGAAGCCAAAUUAAUGGAUGGUGAUGAUGGACACAAGUACUGGAAAAGAGGAGAAAAAGAAGGCAUGGUCAACACUGACAGCAAAGAGUUUACACAUGAAGAAUUAAAGCGAGCUCUGAAAGACUUCAAAGCAACAAAGCAUGAUGUUCCUGAUGAAAAGAAAGCAGAAGAAAUAAAAAAAAAAUAUAGAAGUUAUGAUGAAUUAAAAGAUGAUUUUAGAAAGAUAAACAUGGGGAUCAAGACUGGACAGGAAAUUGUAACAGAGCUUUUUGAAAAAUUAAAUUCCACAAACAUAUCAACUGAGGCCAGAGAGACUUUGCUAGAGGACUUAGAAUAUCAUCUACACCAGUAUGACAAUGCUGUUUUGUUUGGUGAUUUAGGAGGGAUUUCUCUGUUGGUUAAAGGACUUAAUCACACAGAUCCAACACUUAGAUCAUUGUCUGCAUUUGUUCUCGGUUCUGCAAUUCAAAACAAUCCUAAAACCCAGAUCAAUGCUAUUGAGUCUGGUGCUUUACAUCAGCUGAUCAGAUCAUUGGCUACAGAUCCAGUGAUUGCAGUGAAAAAGAAAGUGUUGUAUGCUAUCUCUAGCAUUGUUAGACAUUUCCCUUUUGCUCAGAAGAAGUUCUUUGAGCUUGGAGGUUUACGAUCAUUGAUGCAUUUGUUUGAGGAUAAUAAACUCCAUAGUUUACAGGUUAAAGUUAUCACAUUGAUGAGUGAUCUUUAUGAAGAAAGGGUACAUUGGUUAGGACAUUUAGCACCAACUGAAGAGAAAUACAAACAGUAUGAACAAAUUCCACUGAAAGACAGUUUAUUAGACCAUGGUUUCUGUGAUACGAUGGUGCCAUUGUUAGAACUACCAGACCAUGACAGCCGAGAGAAGAUUGUUUUUGCCAUGUUAUCUUUAUACGACUGUUGUGAAAAGAAAUUUCAUAAUAUUGUGUCAUAUCUUAGUAAACUAGAAGAUGAAUAUCUUGUUUUGGCGGUAGGAGAAGAUGAUGGAGAUUACUUUCAACAAAUUCAUAAAAACAUUAACUCAUUACGACAGCAGUUGUCUGUGGCUUAUAAAAAGGAGGAAUUGUAAUGUUUGCUGUAGUUAAAUGUAAAUGUUUUGUUUUGUAUUUGCAUAUUUUGAAUCUUUAUAAAUAUAUUCUUUUUGUUUUGUA